GCGCCUUUAAUUCUCCACCGCUCGCGUACAUUGGCUGAGAAACUUGACGUCAUCGCUGCGCGACGACGCAGUGUCUUCCCGCUUCUCAACUCUGACGACAGAGUUGCGCCGGCCUCCGGGUCUGAGAAGAGCGGGAGGAGGUGGCGGCCUCGGGAAGAUGCUGCUCUUUGGCGUAAAUUGCAAUCGAUUAGGGAUCGUUUCUCAGACUCAAGUUAGAAGUGAGAGUUCAGAUAAGUGAGGCCGACAUUGCUGCUUUGAACACCUCAGAAGGGGAGAAUGGAUUUAUCAGGAGUGAAAAAGAAGAGCUUGCUAGGAGUCAAAGAAAAUAAUAAAAAGUCCAGCACUAGGGCUCCUUCUCCUACCAAGCGCAAGGACCGCUCUGACGAGAAGUCCAAGGAUCGCUCUAAAGAUAAAGGGGCCACUAAAGAGUCAAGUGAGAAGGAUCGUGGCAGGGAUAAGACUCGGAAGAGACGCAGUGCUUCAAGUGGAAGCAGCAGCACCAGGUCUCGAUCCAGCUCAACCUCCAGCUCGGGCUCCAGCACUAGCACAGGCUCAAGCAGUGGCUCCAGCUCCUCCUCUGCAUCUAGCCGCUCAGGAAGCUCCAGCACAUCCCGAAGCUCCAGUUCUAGCAGCUCUUCUGGCUCCCCAAGCCCUUCUCGGCGCAGGCAUGACAACAGGCGGCGUUCCCGCUCCAAGUCCAAACCACCUAAAAGAGAUGAAAAGGAGAGGAAAAGGCGGAGCCCUUCACCUAAACCCACCAAAGUGCACAUUGGGAGGCUUACCAGGAAUGUGACCAAGGAUCAUAUCAUGGAAAUAUUUUCUACUUAUGGGAAAAUUAAAAUGAUUGACAUGCCUGUAGAAAGGAUGCAUCCUCAUCUAUCCAAAGGCUAUGCAUAUGUGGAGUUUGAGAACCCAGAUGAGGCAGAGAAGGCGCUGAGACACAUGGAUGGAGGACAAAUUGAUGGCCAAGAGAUCACUGCUACUGCUGUGUUGGCACCCUGGCCUCGGCCACCCCCACGGCGAUUCAGUCCACCUAGGAGAAUGCUUCCACCACCUCCCAUGUGGCGUAGGUCACCCCCACGGAUGAGGAGGAGGUCUCGAUCCCCAAGGCGCAGGUCUCCUGUGCGUAGGAGGUCUCGAUCUCCUGGCCGCCGCCGCCAUAGGAGCCGCUCCAGCUCCAACUCCUCCCGAUAAGCAGGGACAUUGAUUCGUACCUCUGUAACUUAUGUUCCCCCAACUCAGUUUGUCCUUUCGUUAGCCAAAUUCGGAUCUGUAGGGAAGGAUCCCGUACAGGGUGGUCUUUGAAG